GUUACGUCAUUUAAGUUAACGCGUGCUUUCUCAAUGGCGUCAACAAAUCAUUUCAGUUUGGUGUUAUUUUUUACUUGUUUGUUAGAUACCGGUUUCGUUGUAAGUAAAGGCAAAGACUAUGAUAAAGAAGUGCAAGCUUUACUUCCUGACUUUGAACGAAUUGCCAAAAGUAUUGACAAAAACGGGUUAAAAACGAACUUAUGGACGGUUGGAACAUACAUCGCAGCCCACAAAUAUUUCGGAGUAGACUUCCGGUAUUUAACCGGGAAGAUUGAAGCAAGCGACCAAGUCUUCCACAAAAAAUUUCCAUCACCGAUUCUGAGAGACCUUCAUCCAACAGCAUCCAAGGCUUGCGAAUCUUCAGCUAUGAAGUGUGUGACGGAGGUGGUUUACAAAGCUAGGCAGUCCGGCUCACUUCAACACUUAAUGAAAUCAAAAGAGAAACUUCAAUCAUUCGCACCAUUCAAAAAUAACUACGAGGAAUUCAAAUUUCGACAGACAGCCAUGUAUUAUCUGUGUUGGCAUACUCAGUUGGAGGACGAAUUUCUCAAAUUCAGCUCUGGUAGACAAUCAUGCCUAUCUUAUCUAAAUGCCGUUGAUGAAAUACCGGCAAAGAAACGAUUCAAGCUGGUUGGAGACGGCACUCCUGCUAUAGAAGAUAUCCGAGACGAAGACUUCCGGGAUGACCCUUUCACGUGUGCACGGCUUUGGUUCUGUCCAGACCCUUGCUAUGGAAGAAAAGAUAGAGGUCAUUUUAAGAAAAGAAACUUUAAGGUGGAAGGUAAUCCCUGUUUGGAACUGAAAAAUAGUGAAUGCAAAUGGGAAAAAAAUGGAAAUAUCAAUUUCAAAGACCUAAUACGGAACAGAUUCAAUAUUACGUGUGAUUGUUCGUCCGAACGGAAAGGUUUUAGUUGGAACAGUAGAUUUGGAAUGUGUGUCGACACAGAUGAAUGUUAUGAUAGGACGUCAAACUGCCCUGACAAUAGACUGUGCAAAAACACUGUUGGGUCUUUCAUGUGCACAUGUGCCAAAGGUUAUGCAGUCAAUACUGAGACAGAUGAAUGUGAAAAAACGGAAAUUCUACACGAGUCGGCAUCGAUGUUAAGUUAUAAACAUUUCCAAAGAGAGACAGACAAAGAAAAAGGAGAGCCAGACUUUGUAUUAGAGAUGAUGGAUUUCGUAGGUUUGUCAGUUGGUAACAGAAUAUUACAGAAUAAUCUGUCGUUCGUUCUAACAACUGUAUCAAUGGUUUUACUACAUUUCUUAAUAUGAAAUUCACGACUGAUCUGAAGAAUUACGUACACUUUCAAAUUAAACGUACGAUGUCAAAUUGUAAAUUGUCAAAAUGUACGAUGUGUAUAGGAAAGUUUAAAAACAUUACAAUUUUCUAAAAUGUCAAAGAAUUUGCUUAAAAAGUUAAACAUGUUCAAAGAUUGAGAAUUUGCUUUACAUAGUUAUACGAAUGUUGUUGGUGAAGUGCGAGAUAAAUGAUCAUAUAUUACAUAUCUACAUACAGCAGAUAAUAGCAUGUUUCAGGAGCAGAUGUUUUUAUGCAUCAUAUUUAUAAAUGUUCAUACUAAAUCAUUUAGAACACUACUGUAUCAUAUUUUUUUCAAGAUUUUUUUUUCGAAUAUCCCUAUGAUACAUUUAGAAUUACUGUGUAUAUCAUUAUUUGAAGUAAUUAAUGGGCAAAGCUGCCCGCUCUGAACCAGUCCAAUUUAACGGUAAAAAAGUAUUUAAUUAAAAUGUUUUAAUUACCAGCAAGCUUUACGAUUGAAAUACCUGCUAUGUACAAUUGAUUUGUUAUUUAUCACUUUACACUGUUUUAUUCUUAAUUAAUUGGGAAGAGGCCUAAGCCUCUUGAUUUUGGGACAAUUUAUCGCUAAAAUUGCUAAUUUUGGAAGUACAAUGUAAAAAAGCUGGUGUAUGUUCAAAGUUUUGGGAAAGCUGCAUGAUUCUAAAGGAACUUCAGAUUGGGAAGAGGCCUUUUGUAGGUCUCUGUUAUAUAAGGUGAAAGAUCACUGAUUUAUCAUAAGUAUCGUUAACAAGAAUAAGGCCAACAUCUACAUUAUUAAGGAAAAAAGUAUUUACCAUAUUACACAUUCUAAUUUUACUUUCUGAUUUGAAAUUCCAUCACUGUAACACACAAUAAAAGUUACAUUUUACACUUUUGUGUGAACCAAAAUGACUUGUUUCAUUUUUCAAGCCUUAAUGUUACCCUUAUGAAUGUGUUACCUUUAGAAUCAACAUAUAAGGUAAUGUUUGAGUGUUCUACUCAAUACCCUGGCAGCAGACCAUACGGAAAGUUUUCAAUGUUCUGCUUAAUUCUACGGAAAUUUCAGUCCGUGCCAAAUUCAUACACUUGACUUUCUUAGUAAUAUGCAAUACUUUUUGACCAAUGGUUAUCUAUUAACAAAACUACAAAGGCCUCCAUUUUUUGCAAGGUUGAUAAUACCCCCCC